CCAAAAUUGAGUCACACGAAUCCCCAAGUCUGAGAAAAAGAGGCCAAGAAGAAAAAAAGGGUUCUUUCCGAUCGUCCUUCUCUUCUAUUUGGUUUGGACACUGAAAUCACAGCUUUCGGAGCUUUAUGUGGAACGACGUAUUUCCGUCAAGGCGUUUUUUUAGGAGAUUCUUGUCGGCAAGACCAUGAACAUGGAUAAGACGCCGAUCGCAGGCGGCGGCGGCGGCGGCGGCGACGACGACGACGACGCCGGCAAUGGCCCGGAGAUUCAAUCCUCGUCCGACGCGGUGGCGCCUUCGCCGACUCCUCACACGGAGUGCGACAUCAGCAGCAUGCCGGACUCCCCGCUGCGCAAGCCCGGCCACCGGCGCGCGCUCUCGGAGAUCAUCGGCCUCCCCGACGACCUGGACCUCGGCGCCCCCGGCGCCGGCGACGCGCCCGCGCUGUCGGACGAGAACGAGGAGGAGCUCUUCUCCAUGUUCCUCGACGUGGAUAAGCUGAAUUCGCGGUGCGGGUCGUCGGAGUCGGAGUCGUCAUCGUGCGCCAUGGCCGGCGGGGGUCGGGGAGAGGCAACGGAGGCGUCUGCGGCGCCUGGGGCUGAGCAGCUGGGGCAGAGGCACCAUCACAGGCACUCGAUGGACGCCUCGAGCUCCAUCAACGCAGAGCAUCUGUUUGGGACGACGGCGAUGGAGGGUGCGUCGCCGGCGGAGGUGAAAAGGGCAAUGUCCGCUGCAAAGCUUGCCGAGCUAGCGCUCAUCGAUCCAAAGAAGGCAAAAAGGAUUAUAAACAAUAGACAGUCAGCAGCAAGAUCAAAAGAAAGGAAGAUGAGGUACAUCGCUGAACUUGAGCGGAAGGUACAGUUCAUGCAGAGAGACGCCACAGCGUUGGCGACCCAGCUGGCAUUGCUGCAGAGAGACACAGCUGGGCUGACUGUGGAGAACAGCGAGCUGAAGAUACGUCUGCAGAGCACAGAGCAACAGAUCCACCUACAAGACGCUCUGAACGAGGCCCUGAAAUCGGAGCUGCAGCGGCUGAAGGUGGCAACGGGGCAGAUGGGCAGCCAGAUGAUGGGCUUCGCCGGACCGCCGCACCCGUUCGGUGGAGGGAACCAGCAGGCCUUCCACCACCCCAGCCAAGCAGUGCCGCCGUUCCUGGCGAUGCAGCAGCAGCAGCAGCACCCGCACCAUCCGCUGCACCCUCUGCAGCAGACCCAGGCGCUCAGCCUCAACAUGAAAGGCCCGCCAGCGGCUCCUCCUGCUGGCCAGUGGCAGUGGGGCGGUGAUGCGUGGUCGGAGAGCAGCAGCAGCUGAUUCGGCGGCGAGCUGCUGUCGUCUUGCAACUCGGAAGAGGUUGUGGAUGUAUGCCAUGUCCGGAUGAUUGAGGAUACAGGAUAUACUGUACGCAUGCUCGGUAAAAGAAGCGAUACAUGCAAGUAUGAAGGGCGCCGCAGAUAUGAGUUUCGUUUCGUUCUGUGUACCUUUGCUUCAGACGCAGGAUGUGUGGAUGAAAACGAUGCUCGAAAGAAAGAAAGAAAG